AUGCGCGUCGUCUUCAACGGAUCUCAGCGCACCACCUCCGGUGAGUCGUUAAAUUCGAACUUGCUUACCGGCGCCAACUUGCUGCCGAACCUCGCAGACGUACUGAUGCGCUGGCGCUGGCACCGCUACGCGCUUGUGGCUGACAUCGAGAAGACGUACCGCCAAAUUCUGGUUGCCCUCGAAGAUCAAGAUUUCCAGCGAAUCUUCUGGAGGCACUCAACUGCUGAUACAAUGCGCGAGUUUCGCUUGAAUACAGUCACCUAUGGCCUCGCGUGCGCGCCGUUUCUGGCCAUCCGCACUCUCCAAAAACUCGCUGCCGACGAAGAAGACCGAUUUCCGCUCGGCGCGGCCGCCUUGCGCCGCGAUUGCUAUGUUGACGACAUCGUCACCGGAGCGCACGAAAGGUUCAACGCAAUCGCGGUGCAGUGCGAGCUCCAACAGCUUUGCAUGACGGCGGGUUCCCACUCAGAAAGUGGGCCGCGAACUGCCCCAAAAUUCUUGCCGGAAUCCCACCCGAACACCACCUGA